CUGGGAGGAAGCUGGAAAAAAGAUGCCCUCUGAAUCUUUCUGUUUGGCUGCCCAGGCUCGCCUUGACUCCAAAUGGUCGAAAACAGACAUACAGGUAUUGAGUGUUGGUAGAUAUGAGAGUCCAGUGUUUAGAACUGUGUUGUGUGGCCGGGCGCAGUGGCUCACGCCUGUAAUCCCAGCAGUUUGGGAGGCCGAGGUGGGUGGAUCCCCUGAGGUCAGGAGUUGGAGACCAGCCUGACCAACAUGCUGUGCGGUCAGAGAAGAAACGCCUUAGGAAGCCAAGCAAGUGGCUUUUGGAAUAUACAGAAGAAUAUGAUCCAAUAUUUACUCCUAAGAAAAAACAAAAGAAGGUACAGGAGCAGGUGCACAAGGUAAGUUCCCGCUGUGAAGAGGAAAGCCUUCUAGCCUGAGGUCGAUCUAGUGCUCAGAACAAGCAGGUGGACGAGAAUUCUUUGAUUUCAACCAAGGAAGAGCCUCCGGUUCUUGAAAGGGAGGUUCCGUUGGCCAAGCAUGGUGGCUCAAGCUGGUAAUCCCAGCACUUUGGGAGGCUGAGGCAGGUGGAUCACGAGGCUGAGGCAGGAGAAUGGCAUGAACCUAGGAGACAGAGGUUGCAGUGAGCCGAGAUCCUGCGACUGCACUCCAGCCUGGGUGACAGAGCGAGACUCCAUCUCAAAAAAAAAAAGGAAGUUCCGUUUUUGGAAGGCCCCUUGGCUCAGUCAGAACUUGGAGGUGGACAUGCUGAGUUGCCGCAGCUGACCUUGUCUGUACCUGUGGCUCCGGAAGUCUCUCCACGGCCUGCCCUUGAGUCUGAGGAAUUGCUGGUUAAAAUGCCAGGUAAGGUGGGGUUGGGGUCUCAGUAUUUGAGCAGGUAUGAUUAGAGGAAGCAGGAGAUUUUAGUAUGUUUUGAUGUAAAGCCAACAUAGUAUCUAUAUACAAUAAACUACUCCCUUUUGUCCUGGGAAAUACUUACAAUGAUGGCUAAUUAGAUAUAGUUACUAACUAUGAAUUGUGGCACGCUAUCAAGAAGACAUAUUUUUGAUAACUAUGCUCCUUGCUCCAGUGUUGCUCUUCAUGAUUGUUGAUCAGCCACUGUGUAAAUUACAACCAGGAUAACAGGGCUUCAAGAGGGGCACCGCACAUUAGUGGAAUAAGCACUAUGCUUCAAGUGCUGGCUCCACCAGUCCUUGUGUUACUUGGGAAGUUGUUUAGUCUCUGAACUUGUUUCCUCAUCUAUAAAAUGGAGAUCAUAAUGUAUUAAUGUAUGAUGUUGUAUACCUGACCACAUAGUAAUUACCAGUUCAUUCGAAGUUAAUUACCAGUUACUUCUCACUUGAUCAUUCUUUAUAUAUCACAUGGGGAGAGUUGAAUCUAAACACAUUGUCUCUAAUUCACCUUGUAACUAUUGAAUAUUAUAGGCAGUCAAGGAAUGGGAAGAAUCCUCUUUUCUGUACCCCUUUAAAUUUUGGAUGUAACUUUUUUACAUUAUCAACAGGAGCUUUUGAUGUUGUUCCUUAAAGAAAUGAUUCCAAUUGUGCUUAAACUAGUUGGGUAUAAUAAAAAAGAUUUUUGAAAGAAUAGUAAAGAUAGUUGUUGUUUCAGUACCUAUUAUGUGCCAAACUCGAUUUAUUAAGUCAGCUCUUUUAUAUAAUUCUUGAGUCAUCCUAUGAAUUAUCUUUUACCUAUUGAAUUUUAUUUACUUAGGGGCAGAGCAGAAAGUGUAAGUUUGGUCCAUUUAUGACCAUUAUUCAAGCUCUGUUUCACUCCUUUUCUCCUUAUUUUGUCCUCCCAAAAAUCAGUUGUUAUAAAGAUAGUUCUGUCCCUUUGAUUUCUCCCUUAGUUAUUUUAUGAUUUAAAGUCAACACACACAUCCCUCACAUUAGUUUGUGCUUGCAUUGAGAACUAUUUACUUGUUUUGUUUACUAAUAUUUUAUAAUCAAAUUACCUUCCUGCCUCUUCCCAUAAGAUGAUGGAGAAAACAUCAAAAACAUUGACAUUCAUUUUGUGUGGUAUACAGAUUUUUAAAAAAUUAACUUGUGCCCAGUUUCUAAAUCAUUUAAUGUAAAGAUACAUGCAUUUCAGGACUUUAUGAAAGUAAAUGUCAAAGAAAACCAACUAAGAAACUUCUUGAAUCCAAAGAUUUAGACCCUGGAUUUAUGCCCAAGAAGGGGGACCUUGGCCUUUCUAAAAAGGCUGGAUGCAAUGGCGCGAUCUUGGCUCACCACAACCUCCGCCUCCCAGGUUCAAGCGAUUCUCCUACCCCAGCCUCCCGAGUAGCUGGGAUUACAGGGAUGUGCCACCAUGCCCGGUGCUUAUGAAGCUGGUCACCUGGAGAAUGGACUAACUGAAUCUUGUGCCGCAUCUUAUUAAAAGAUUUUGGUGAAGCUUGUAUUCUCAAGAAAUGGGCUGUGUGGUCUGUGGAAUGAAAUGGUUAAAGAUGGAGAAAUUGUAUACACUGGAACCGAAUCAACCCAGAAUGGAGAGCUCCCUCCUAGAAAAGAUGAUAGUGUCGAAUCAAGUGGAACAAAGAAAGAAGAUCUGGAUGACAAAGAGAAAAAAGAUGAAACUCCUGCACCUGUAUAUAGGGCCAAGUCAAUUCUGGAGAGCUGGGUAUGGAGUAAGCAACCAGGGAUGUUCAUGGAACACCAGGCACGAAAGGGCCAGAAGCAUCCCCCUGCAGGACCAGCACUUGGCCCUGGCCAUCCUGCUGGAGCUGGCUGUGCAGAGAGGCACGUUGAGCCAAAUGUUGUCUGCCAUCCUGUUGUUGCUUCAGCUGUGGGACAGCGGGGCACAGGAGACUGACAAUGAGCGUUCUGCCCAGGGCACCAGUGCCCCACUUUUGCCCUUGCUGCAAAGGUUCCAGAGCAUCAUUUGCAGGAAGGAUAUGCCUCACUCCAACGGCGACAUGUACCUUUUGUCUGGCCCUCUGAGCCCCAGUGAGAGUUUCCUGAGGUACCUCACCCUUCCACAAGACAACGAGCUUGCCAUUGAUCUGCAACAAAUGGCGGUUUUUGUCACGGCCCUUUUAGACCGUCUGGCUAUACCCUGUAGAUGCCUUUGCCGUAUAGCUCUCCAACAUCUCAUAAGGUGUGUGUGCAAGAACCCUGUUCUCCAUGUGUUUUGUAGCUAGUACCACUUGUAGGUUCUCAUCCUGGGCCUGUGUGGAGACUUGCUUUUUCUGAUAUUGGUAGGGGGAGCUGGCCUGUGGUUUUUAAACAUGUUUGCAGUUGAAGGUGUUAUCCGUGUUGAGAGUGAAUGAUGAGCAAGCUGAGGCACACAGGCCUGGGGACCCAACCUGGGGGCCCAGGUUCCAGGUUCAGGUGGCACAGUCCCAAAGAGCUCCCCUUUAUCCACAGUCCCAGGCCCUCCCACCUUCUGCAGGGGGUUCCACAGCCUUCUUUAUACUCUGAACGUGGGCUGUGUUAGUAUGUAAUGCUGGUUAUAGCAGUGACAGUAUAAUUAUAUAUUAUAUCUGUUAUGUAAUAGUAAUGGUAAUAGUAGUGAUUUGCACGUGUGGAGCACCUGUAGGGUGCAGGCCUGCUGAGGACCUCAUGCACGCUGUUGUAUCUCAUUAUGUCAAUGAGAAAACUGCUUUUGCUAAUGGUAGUGAACUUUGUCAGUGUAGAACAGUAAUCCUAGUUUUGAAUGCAGAUUUUGCUAACAUUUUAUUUCUAGUAUGAAGAGCAUUUAUUUUGUUUUACAGUCAUUAAAAAAAAAGGAAU